AGGACGGUGUGUCCCAGCAGCCCAGAUCCGGGGGCCCCCAGCCCUGAGAGGGCGUGAAGAGUUAAGGCAUUAACCCCUCCCAAUCUCCUCCUAAAGGAAGCCACCCUGCCUCAGCGUGGCGCUCGGCGACUUUGCCUUGCAGACUGGCGCGGGCAGCAGCGAGCGGGGCUGGCCAUUGGAGUGCACGGCUGCGGAGGGAGGGUCCCRGACUCCAGUAACUUUGCGAAAGCAGAGUGCAGUCAGUCGGGGGCAGCAGCAAGAUGCGGAGUGCGCGGUGCAGACCCGGAGCUUUCCUAACGCAACUUCGUCCUGCCUGAGCGAGGCUGCAGUUUCGGAGGCCCUCUCUGGUCAAGGAAAAGCUAAGCUACACAAAAAAGCCUGGAUCUCUUACAAAUCUUCACCCCAGCAGCAGCGAGUGAAGCCCCGCUCGCCCUCGCCCUCUAGCGUUCGUCUGGAGAAGUGCCACCUCCGGGUUCCUGGGGACACAGUGCAGCAGCACCAUGGUGUCCACCAGCAUCCCGGUAGUCAAGGCCCUCCGCAGUUCGGUCUCCGACUAUGUCAACUAUGAUAUCAUAGUCCGGCAUUACAACUACACGGGAAAGCUGAAUAUCAGCCCCGACGAGAAUGGCAUUAAACUGACUUCGGUGGUGUUCAUUUUCAUCUGCUGCUGCAUCAUUCUGGAGAACAUCUUUGUCUUGCUGACCAUUUGGAAAACCAAGAAGUUCCAUCGGCCCAUGUACUAUUUUAUUGGUAACCUGGCCCUCUCAGACCUGUUGGCGGGAGUCGCCUACACAGCCAACCUGCUGUUGUCUGGGGCCACCACCUACAAGCUCACCCCCGCCCAGUGGUUUCUGAGGGAAGGSAGUAUGUUUGUGGCCCUGUCAGCCUCCGUGUUUAGCCUCCUAGCCAUCGCUAUCGAGCGCUAUAUCACCAUGCUGAAGAUGAAACUUCACAACGGGAGCAACAGCUCCCGCUCCUUCCUGCUGAUCAGCGCUUGCUGGGUCAUCUCGCUCAUCCUGGGGGGCCUGCCCAUCAUGGGCUGGAACUGCAUCAACACCCUGUCCAGCUGCUCCACCGUGCUCCCGCUCUACCACAAGCACUAUAUCCUCUUCUGCACCACGGUCUUCACUCUCCUCUUGCUCUCCAUCGUCAUUCUGUACUGCAGGAUCUACUCUUUGGUCAGGACUCGGAGCCGCCGUCUGACCUUCCGCAAAAACAUGUCCAAGGCCAGCCGCAGCUCUGAGAAGUCGCUGGCCUUGCUGAAGACUGUAAUUAUUGUCCUGAGCGUCUUCAUCGCCUGCUGGGCACCCCUUUUCAUCUUGCUCCUGCUGGACGUGGGCUGCAAGGUGAAGACCUGCAACAUCCUCUUCAAAGCCGAGUACUUCUUGGUGUUGGCAGUGCUCAACUCUGGCACUAACCCCAUCAUUUACACGCUGACCAACAAGGAGAUGCGCCGGGCCUUUAUCCGGAUCAUGUCCUGUUGCAAGUGCCCCAGUGGAGACUCCACCGGCAAAUUCAAACGACCCAUCAUCGCUGGUAUGGAAUUCAGCCGUAGUAAAUCGGACAACUCCUCACACCCUCAGAAGGAUGAUGGCGACAACCCAGAGACCGUUAUGUCUUCUGGAAACGUCAACUCUUCUUCCUAAAGCUGAAUGCUGCCAAUCCUCGGGAAGUGCUCUUACAGGGUCACCACCCACCCCCCCAACCCCAGUAUUUGAAAAAGGGCUCUGGGCCUCAAGUGCUGCCAGGAAGGAGGUGCUGCGAGGGAAGGAGCUGGAGAGAGGGAGGGAGGGGGAGAAUCGGGGUGGUGGUGGUGCCUGGUGUUGGUGGGUAUUUAGUUCCUGUGAACAAUGCACUGGGAAGGGUGGAGUCAGGUCCCCUGCCUGGAGCCUAUUUCCUAUUCCCCUGGAGCUUUGAUUUUGCACUGAGCCAAAGGUCUAGCAUUGUCAAGCUCCUGAAGGGUUCAUUUGGCCCCUC